AUGCAGGGCUGCAGCCACGGCCGGGCGGCUCAGAGGGCUGCCGCUGCUGCUUUUGCAGUGGAGAAGAUCCAGGCGAUGUUCACAGUCCUGGGAGCCUUUGGGUCAGUGACCACCGGCCACAGCAGCAGCUCCACGCGCUUCUCCAUGGUCCUGUCGCUGGAUUUCAGCGCAACCGGCCGGAUAACCGCUGCUCACCUCCAGACCAUGCUGCUGGAGAGGGGCCGCGUCGCCCAGAAGCCCCGCGGAGAGAGCAGCUUCAACGUCUUCCCCCUCAUGCUGGCGGGGCUGGAUGCGGCGCACAGGACGAUGCUGCACUUGCACCAGGCGGCUGAGAGCAACUCCUUUGGGAUCGAGCCCUUCUCAAAGCCCGAGGAGAAGCAGAGAGCCUCGGCGGCGUUCGCCCAGCUCCGGGCUGCCAUGGGCACGCUGGGCAUCACGGCGGAGGAGCAGGCGGCCAUCUGGCGCAUCCUAGCUGGCAUCUACCACCUGGGAGCCGCCGGUGCCUGCAAAGUCGGCAGGAAGCAGUUCAUGACGUUCGAGCGCGCGAGCGAUGCCGCAGAGGUGCUGGGCUGCGACCUGGAGGAGCUCACCACCGCCGUCUUCAAACACCACCUGAAGCAGAUCCUGGCGCAGGUCACGGCACGAGGCAGCUGGCUGCCCCCGGCGGAGGAGAGCCCGGCAGGGCCGAAGAUGACGGGUGCGGAGUGUGUGGAGGGGAUGGCUUCGGGUCUCUACGAGGAGCUCUUUGCCGCCAUCGUCUCACUGAUCAACAGCGGGGGGGUGGCCACUCGGGGCUUCCACAACCCGCGGCACCAGCGGGGCGAGCGAGCGGCGACUUUUGAAGAGCUCUGCCACAACUACGUGCAGGAGCGGCUGCAGGCCCUUUUCUACGAGAAAACCUUUGUUUCAGAAAUGGAGAGGUACAGAGAGGAAAAUGUUGAGGUGUCUUUUGAUCUUCCAGAGCGCUCGCCACUGGCCACGCUGUCCAUCGUCGACCUGAGCUCCUCACAGCUGCCUCUUUCGAGGGAAAGGAAUGCGGGCCGGCCCUUCCCCCGCCUGUGCUCCUACUUCGCCACAAAGGGACCCGAACUGGAGGGGGAUGGCCCCAUGCGCAGGUGCGAGCAGGCGCUGCACUUCGAGAUCUCCCACCAGCUGGGCACGGACCCCGUGCGCUACGACCUCACGGGCUGGGUCAGCAAAGCCAAGCUCAACCUCUCGGCAGAAAACGCCAUCCAGGUGCUGCAGCGGUCCAAGGUAGAUGCCGUGAAGGAGCUGGUGUUGCCGCGCUGGUUGGCCUGCCGCGCUGUGGCGGGGCUGGAGGGACGCUCCCAGGCCGUCCUGCACCGCAACGGCUGCGUGAGGAAAACCUUCGCCAGCAGCUUCGCAGCCGUGAAGAAGAGGUCGGUGUGCGCUCAGCUCAAACUGCAGGCGGACGCGCUCACGAACCUGCUCCGACGGUCCCACCUCCACUUUGUGCACUGUCUCCUGCCGGGGCCGCAGGCGGAGGGGCCGGCUCAGCCCCCCGCGCCGCCCGACGCAGCCCUGCGGUGCCCCGGUGCUGGAGUGACCCCCGGCGACGUCUGUCUGUCCCCAGGGUAUGCGGACCGCCUGCUCCUGACCCAGUUCCGACGGCGCUUCCAGGUCCUGGCUCCGGAUGUCAUGAAGAAGCACACCUCCGCCUACGAGGUGCCGGACGAGAGCAAGGCUAUAGAGGAGCUCUUCCAGGCGCUGGAUCUGGAGAAGAAGAGCGUUGCCAUAGGACGCAGCCAGGUUUUCCUGAAGCCGGGGGUCAUCGCGAGACUGGAGAAGCAGCGUGACAAGCUGAUAGCCCAGAAGAUGAUCCUGCUCCAGGCUGCUUGCAAGGGCUUCCUCAGCCGCCAGAAGUUCAAGAGGUUGAAGAUCCAGCGCCUCGCCAUCCGCUGCAUCCAGAAGAACCUGGUGGUGUUCCAGGCGGUCAGGCACUGGCCCUGGUGGCAGCUGCUGAGCCGCGUGCGGCCCCUGCUCAGCGUUAACCUCGCAGAGGAGCAGCUCCGUGCAAAAGAAGAGGAGCUGGCGGCGCUGAGAAGGAAGCUGGAAAAAUCCGAGCAGGCGUGCGGGGAGCUCAGGCAGACCGCAGAGAAGCUGGAGAGCAAGAGCAAACACGACCAAGUGCAGAAGAAACUGGAGUCGGUGGAAAAGCAGCUGGAAGAGGCCCAGCAGCUGGUGCAGUUGCGUGAGAUGAAGAUAAGUGGCUCUGGAGGAGAGGAUGAGUGGCAAGUGCGCUUCGACUGCGCACAGACGGAGAUCGCCUUCCUGCGGAAGCGGCUGGUGCAGCUGGAGCAGCGGCUGGAGUCGGAGCUGGGCGCCAGGACGGGGCUCGAGCAAAAGCUCGGCGAGGCGCAGGCAGCCUGCGAGGCAGCCAAGAAGGUGUCCCAGCAGCUGCGGCGGCGGUGCAGGCGGCUGGCCUGCGAGCUGGAGGACGCGCGGGUGCUCGCCGAGAGCCAGCAGAGCCGCGGCCACGAGCUGGAGAAGAGGCAGAAGAAGUUCGACCUGCAGUUAGCGCAGGCCCUGGGGGAGUCCGCCUUUGAGAAGAGCCUCCGUGAAAAAGUGUCGCAGGAGAACACCAGCAUCCGAUGGGAGAUGGGCAAACUUCAGCAGAGCUUAGAGCUCCACCAGAGGCUGGAGCUGGAGAUAGAGCGGAUGAAGCAGAUCCACCAGAAGGAGCUGGAGGACAAGGAGGAGGAGCUGGAGGACGUGCGGCAGUCCUGCCAAAGAAGGGUGGAGGAGCAGCUGUACCAGCUGCAGCACGAGAGAGCCGACCUCCUGAAACGCAUCGACGAGGACCAGGAAGACCUGAACGAGCUCAUGGCAAAGCACAAGGCUCUCAUCGCCCAGUCGGCGACGGACAUCGCUCAGAUCCGGGACCUGCAGACGCAGGUGGAGGAUGUGAAGAAAGAAAAGCAGAGCCUUCAGGAGAAGCUGCAGGCAGCGCAGGCACGAGCGGCGCGCCUGGAGCAGUGCCCGGCCGAGCGCUCCAUCGUCAGCCGGCAGGAAGCCCGUAUCCGCGACCUGGAGAGCCAGCUGGACUUCCAGGCCGUGCAGAUGAAGCGCUUUGAGGUGCUGGUGCUGCGCCUGCGAGACAGCAUCAUAAAGAUGGGCGAGGAGCUGGAGAAGGCGGCCGAGUCGGAGGCGCGGGAGAAGGAGAGCACCAGGUACUACCAGAGGAGGAUGGAGGAGAUGAAGGCUGACAUGGAUGAGCUGGUGCAGAGGGAGCUGGAGUCCAGCCGCCGGCGUGUGGAGCUGGAGCAGCAGCUGGCGGAGCUGGCGGCGGUGCGGCAGGUGCUGCAGGCUGACCUGGGGACCUCCAUCCGGCGCAUCGCCGAUCUGCAGGUGGCCCUGGAGGAGCUGCGGUCCAGCGACGAGAGCGAUGCCGAGAGGGAUGCCUGCUCCAGCGUGGGUUCCACGCUCAGUCUGGAGCCCGCAGAGAGCAUCAAGUCCUGGCUGGGGUCAUCUGCGGGCUGGUCUUCCCCGGUGAGUCCCAGCGUGGCCGGGAGCAUCUCCGUGCAGUCCGUCGGCAGCCGCAGCACCCAGGGCAAGAGGGUGAGCAGAGACGCCAAGGAACCCGCAGCGAGCCGGCCGGCAUCCUCCCGCAGCGCUGCCAGGUCCGUCGAUGCUGCCGAUCCGGGGAGGAUGGCGAGUCCCACGCUCGGUGCUCGACGACGGGAAUAUGGAAAACCUCGGGCAGAUGAAGAGGAGCUGGAGAGCCCGAAAAAGGCUGCGGAUAGGAUAGGAGAGACGUCCCCAUCGGUGCUGCGGCGAGGGGGGUCCCCGGCCCUGGACAGGAGGUUCCCCAGCCCGCUGUCGCCGACGGUGCCGAGGAGGAGAGGGCUCUCUCCAGCGGCGGACCCGGUUCCCAGCUCGUCGGCCGCCCUCUCCGAGGCGCUGGGCUUCGGGAAGCGAGGGGGCAGCUUUCGCCGCUGCAGCACGUCCGCGGGGUCGCUGCAGAGCGGCACUUGCUAUGAGCACGUUCGGUUCUCUCAGAGCUCGGUGCAACCCCGAUAA